CUUUGGAAAAAAUUUGACGUCAUCGGGACGGAAAUGAUCAUCACAAAAUCUGGAAGGAGAAUGUUCCCGCCUCUGAAAAUAACUUUAAACAACCUUGACCCUGACGUCAAAUACGCCAUCUUGUUGGACGUCAUCCAGGUCGAUCAGUACCGCUACCGCUACCACAAUUCAAGGUGGAGCUCCACGCUGCACCCAAUUUCGUUAGCAUUAUUCCCCCCUAACAACUACACCACCCCUUCGUUGCCAUGGUUGCAAGGAAAAACUUACGUACACCCUGACACUCCUUCCCUUGGCUCUCAUUGGAUGAAGAGGUCAAAACAGGAAGGUUCAGUGAUCUUCAACAAGGUCAAACUGACCAACAAUUUUUUAGAAGAGACCGGAAAUAUCCCAUUGCAAUCCAUGCACAAGUACAUUCCGAGGAUUCACGUCUAUAAAACAUUCAUCUUCCAGGAAACAUCAUUCAUUGCUGUGACAGCCUACCAAAACGAACGGAUCACUCAACUAAAGAUCGACCACAAUCCAUUUGCCAGGGGCUUCAGGGAC